UCUCCUAAAGCUAUCCACGUCAGCGACUCCUUUAUGUUUGUGGGUCCCAUAAUUCAUGUCUGGUUUGGUUAUUUCAGUUUGGUUUCGUUAUUAAAUAAUAAAUACAUAUGUUUAUGAUUUCUUGGGAUAUCGUGGAGACGAGACGUACCUCUUCGGCUUUCAAGCGUUUCUGUUCUUCUUCUUCAUCCCCUGAACCGUCUUCAUCAUCUCCACCCCCUACCAAGCGACCUAAGGUUAAGAUCGAUGCCGCUAUUGAAUUUUUUAGGCGGCGGCGGCGGAACCAGCAGGGUCUUCAUCGGCAGUGAGGUUCUGGUUGAGAAUCAAGGACCGGUUUCGGAUCCUGGAUCGGAAUCUGGAGAGUCGGAGCUUGGAUCCUCUGAUUACCUGAUGGAUGCGGAGAAACCUGUUUAAACUGAUGUGCCUGUGAUGGAGAUCUAUCCUGAAGCCGACACAAAACCUGAAGCCGAUGUCUUGGAGACACCUACAAUAGCAGGUGAAGUGGUGACGGAUGGUGAGAACUCGAAGGCGGGGAAGAAGCGAGCUAAGGCUCCAUGGGCGAAGCUACUUUCUCAGUAUUCUCAGAACCCCACACUGUACCAUGAGAGGCCAUGUAUUCACUGUUGGACGACGGUAAUUUAUCUAUCAAAAACCAAUCUAUGCCCAGCACCCUGUGUGAAAUCAAGCAGUCUGAUGUAAGGACAUCUUAUUUGCCUCUUUUUGAUCUCAGUUUCUUUAAGGACAAAAGUUUUUUUCUUACAUAAUUAUUGUGCAGCUCAGAGGUCCAUUGAUUGCAACUAUGGAGAUAUAGGUAUGUCUCACCAACGUUUUUCAGUCUCCUUUGAGAAAUAGAAAGUGAUAAAGUCAGGGCGUGCUAUCAGAGCUAUCGCAAGACGGUGAAUCGAGACUUCUCAAGCUCAGGUUCGACUCCUUUGGAAUCUGUGUGUUCUUUGGUCUUUUAGAUUUUAAGUGCGUUAAGGUGUUCAUUGCUGCUUCUUGGAUUAGUUGACAUUUAGUGUUUAGUAGGGUACAACAAUAAAGCAGAAAAAGUUGUUGUUGUAAAGUAGACCGGAAGUUAGAUUCUUUAAUAUGUGAAUAUGUGGCUAUGAUGUAUUAAAACACUUCGGUUAUAUGGAGAAUUUGUUACAUUAAAAGGAAAAUCGUACGGUGAUUUGGAACCUCCUCUGCAGCUGAAGAAAUCAUAAUCCCAUCGGUUCAAUUUUCUUACACACAAUUCCUUAACAAUGGGAACUUCGUAGGCGCUGCUUCUGGUGAGUAAAGUUUUCAUUUUAAAAAAUGCUUUGUUCAGAAACGGAGGAAUAGCAAGGAAAAAUAUUGACGCUUGAAAUUUUAGUUCCUUGAGCACUAAUGUUUGAUUUUUUAAUUGGGUUUAGGUAAGACCUUCCCAGCUCUUGAUACACGCACAAAGGAAGUCAUUGCGAACGUAGCUGAAGGCGAUGCUGAAGAUAUCAACCGGGCAAUGAAAGCUGCAAGGAAGUCCAUUGAUGAAGGAGCUUGGCCUUAGAUGAUUGCUUAUGUAUAAUACUAUAUAAUGUUUUUGAUCUUGAAAGCUAUGAAAUUUAAUGUGAUGUGGACUUAUCUUUGUUUGAAUUUCAGGAAAAGUCAAAGAUAAUGCUGAGAUUCACAUAUUUGGUUGAGAAACACAGCGAAGAGCUCGCAGCUCUAGACACAUGUGGCAAUGGGAAUACUUAUGAUCAAGCCAAAACCGCAGAGAUUGCAAUGAUCGCCGGUUUGUUUUGUAAUGAUGCUGGUAUAUACAUCAAAAUCUUGAGAAUACUAUCAAAUUUUCUUGCUUUUGUUGGUAAGUUUUUCUUUGAUGUGUAGGAGGGGCGGAUAAGAUUCAUGGACUAACAAUUCCAGCCAAAAGAACUGAUUGAAAAAUUCACUGGAGCUGGUUAAGAAAUGGAGAGCUGACGGAUACGCACCGUUUUGAGUAAGGCGAUACUGAAGGCGAUUUCGAAGACGAACUUGGGUUUCGAUGGAGAUGGAUCUGGCGAAGCCGCCGGAUCGAUCAGGUUCACCGGCGAAGAUCGGGGUUCUUCAGGAAGAGGUUACUGUGAUUGAGGAAUUGGGAAAGGGAUCGGGGAAAGCUGGGGAAGUUGAAUCGAGAGUUCCAAAGAAGAGUUCGUGGGUGGAGGUUGUGCAGGAAAGGAAGGUCUUGAGGAAAUACGAUAUUGAGAUCAUUGAAUCGGAAGGGCAGAAGAGUGUAGAGAUACCAGAUGAGGUAAUCAAGAACGUGAAUCCGUUAUGGGAGGACUAUCUGAUUGGGAAAUUUCUCGAUACUGCUCCUCAUGUAGCGCGGGUUCAUGCGGUAGUGAACAAGAUAUGGUCGUAUGGAGAUCGAAAGCAGGUGAUUGAUGUUCAGGUGAUAGAUGAAACAACAAUCAAAUUACGUGUCUCAAACCCUAUGGUGAGAGCAAAGGUCUUGAGAAGAUGUAUGUGGAACAUUGGCAACGUUCCUAUGGUGAUCACUAAAUGGGUUCCAGAGGAGUUAGAAGAGAAACCUGAAGUGAAAUCAAUUCCAUUAUGGGUUCAUCUAAAAGGAGUUCCAAUGCAUAUGUUUUCUUGGGAAGGGCUUAGUUUCAUUGUGAGUGUGGCAGGUUUCCCAGUAAGGCUACAUCCAGAAACAGCUUCUUGCUCAAAUUUCAAGAUGGCAAAAAUCUUUGUGAAUGUGGAUCUCACAAAAGAGCUGCCAGAGAAGAUUAAUUUCACAAAGAAUGGGGAGUCUUUCAUGGUGGAGUUUAUCUAUCCCUGGUUACCGAAGCGCUGCAAUAAAUGUAGUAGAUGGGGGCAUGAAGAGAAAGUGUGCCUGAUAAAUAAGAAUGGAGAAAAUGUUGAAACUGUACAGGAGAAAGCGAAAGAGUUAGCACAGCUUGCUAUAGAAGAGCAAAAGGAGAGUGAAAAGAAUGCAGGAGAUAAUAGUACACAGGAAGUUGAAGUGAGAAAAUUGGAUAUGCAAAACCAAAAUGGGGAAGUAGAGGAGAUAGAAGAGGGGCAGAUAGAGGAGCAAUGGUUACAAAUUUCACCCGGUAAGAGUAGUAGUGGUAGGCUGAAGGAGACGACAUUUGAGCAGGUAAGAACAGCUUCUAGAUUUUCGGUGCUGAGUGAUCUGGAAGAAACUGAGAAGCCUGAGAAUCAGAAUGAAGAUGUAGUAGAGAAAGUAAUGGAGGGUACUGAGUUGCGGAAUGAAGAGAAUGAGAUAGAAGUUAUUGAAAAAAGGAAGGAAAAAGAGAUAAGGGAAGAUGGUGAACACAGGGUCGAGAAAGAAGAGAGCUCUGUUCUGAGACAGUCUAUUCCGAGAAAUUCGAAGACAAAUCACAGGACCAUAUCUACGGUUAAUGCAGUUGAUAAUGGAAAACGGAAUCCUGGAAAUACAGGAAGAAGAGGUACCAAAAAAUCUUCCCAAUGACUGGUUUCUUUUGGAACAUAAGGGGGUUCAACAAGCAAUCAAAACAAACGGUGGUCCAAAAUUGGAUAAGGAAUAAAGAGUUUCAGUUUGGAUGUUUACUGGAAACAAGGGUGAAGGAAGGGAAAGCUGCUGAAAUCGUUGAGUCAGUUUGUAGGGGAUGGUCGUUUGUAAAUAAUUAUGAGUUUAGUAGGAAAGGAAGGAUCUGGGUUCUUUGGAGUCCUCAAG